AUGUUUCGUGUUUGACAGCUUAUAUUGUGAAAUCGUCCUGAAAUUUGCAACAGCUGCUCAAAGUUUAUUCUCAAAACAAAAAUCACAUUAUUAAAAAUAUCGUUAUUCUUGGAAAACCAAGUUAAUAAUAAACUAUAUUUUAUAACUAACAGCAAUUAUUAAAAGCGUUUAAAGUGAAGUUAUACUUAUCGGAAGCACGUGCUCCAGAAUCACCAUCCAUUGUCGUUUUUCGUGACCAUUAUUUACAGAUUGCAAAUCACUUUUGCAAAAUCAUCGACUUGAAGAUAAAUACGAGUAAAAUUAAAGAUAAUCUAGAAGUAAAAAGUACAUCUUUUGGCUAAUGAUUGUUGUGAAUCCGAUUGGAGAUUAUUGCAAAAUGACUUCAAGUGUUAUUACGAUUGUCAAAACGCAUUCUGACUCAUUGGGAACGAAUCCACCACAGGAAGCGAAUAAUCCAUAGUCGACUUGAAUAAUACGGCCCAAAAAUUCGUACUUUUUUAAAAACUAAAUCGACACUUGAAAAUGUAUAAAAUAUCAAAACAAGAAUUUCUGGGUAGUAUAACAUUGGAACUUAGACCUCGGCUUCGUUCCUGUAUCGUCUUCAUUUUUAUAGGCAACAAUGAUCCCUCAUCAAUUGGAGUAAAAUUAAGAGAAAACAGUAUAACGAUAACUCUUGAGCGAACUUCAAAAAGUUUGAUUUUACCAUCCGUUAAGCUAUUGCCGACUUCCUUAUCUUCUUUACGUAUCACCAACAAAUGGAUCUCUUUUCGUGUGCAAACAAAUCCAGAAGCGAUCUUUGGAACUUUCCGGACGGAAGUUAUUAGCGCAAUUGCUCGCAGCAUGGAAACUGAAAAUGCAGGUAGACUCGAUUUACCGGAAAUUGGAUCCGAAUGCUUGUUACGUUGCAAAUGUUGCGAGAAUGUCAUAACCAGUAUCAUAAAGUGCAACAGAGUGUUGCCUUUGCCAGAUCGAGAUUGUGAUCCGGGUGAAUGGUUUUGUUGCACCAACUCAAAAGUUGAUUUUUCAAAACUUCUCAGACCUCAAGAAACCGAUUAUUUUUAUGGCCCUUCCUUUUGUGUAUUACACAAUGACGUGCUCAAGAAUUUUAAGGAGAAGAGUAAUACGAUUUUGUGCAAAAGAUGUUUCACCAUUCUGGGAUUGAAGGAAGACAUGGAUUCAGUAAGAAUCUGGAAUUGUUGCGUUGAGCGGAAAGUGGGAGAGGAGGAAUUCAAAAGCAGGAAUCAGUCUCCACUCGAUGAAUUUGUAUUAACUAUUAAAGACUGCAGUGAUGUUAUGGGAGAGGAAAUUCUUCUGGAAGCUUUAGAGGGAAAUACGACUCAUUAUAUUUUGAUGAAACCUAUGGAAUGGCAAUUGGAUUUGCUCACGGAAUCGAAUUCGAAGUGGAAAGGCGAUUUGAUUCGAUUGCAAAAAGCUCGAGUUAUUAAAGUUUUCUACACCUAUGGUGAAAGCAAGAAGUCGGUGAAAAAUGACUACGUGCACUCGAAAUAUUAUUUUAUUGCUUUACCACUCAUGCUAGCUGGAAUAGAACAUCUUAUUGCCUCCACGAAGAGAUUUCCUCCUGCGUACAGAACCGUAACGCAAUAUUGUGUUGGGUAUGUAAACGUGCAAAGUUUCUUGGUUGACAAGAUUUAAUGUCAGAAUUAAAAAGUUAAAAUUGUGAAAGUUAUAUCAGAUUUUCAGUUAGAGGUUUUAUUUCUUGUAAAGUUCGUCGUGGUAAAUGUACAGAGAGCAUACGACUUCAUACAGAUGAAUAUUUGAUAAUAAAUCAAUUUAUACUUUUAUAGUAUCUA